UCAGGACACCUGCAACGGUAAGCAGAAGGUAGUUCUCGUCACUCUGCACCGCGCUUUUCAGACCGGAAUUCGGACCGUGACUGAGCAAUGGUGACGCGCCAGAGUCGUUUCAAGCCGUGUAUUGACCUACACGACGGAAAGGUCAAGCAAAUUGUGGGUGGAACGCUCUCCGACAGUUCUCCGGAUGCCCUUCGCAUCAAUUUCGUCGCAAGGCUCGUUCUAUCAAAUCCAUCUGCCUUUAUCACAAUAACGAAAUGGUCUAGUCAAUCCCCAGCCGAGUUCGCGGAACUGUACAAAGAUCACCAUCUCGAAGGUGGCCACGUCAUAAAGUUAGGACCAGGAAAUGACGAUGCUGCUCGCGAAGCACUCUCUGCAUGGCCAGGCGGACUACAGAUCGGCGGCGGGAUAAAUGAUACCAAUGCCCAGCAGUGGCUUGAUGCUGGAGCCAGCAAAAUUAUCGUCACUUCAUAUCUUUUCCCUGGCGCGAAAUUCUCCUUGGAACGACUGAAGCGUAUCUCCCAUGCCAUUGGCAAAGACAAGCUUGUGGUUGAUAUCAGUUGCCGCCGUCAUGACUCGAAGUGGUUCAUAGCCAUGAACAAAUGGCAAGAUAUAACGGACAUGGAAGUUUCUCAAACAAACCUUGGAUUGCUCUCAGACUACUGCAGUGAAUUUCUAAUACAUGCAGCUGAUGUGGAGGGUCUAUGUCAGGGUAUCGAUGAAGAACUGGUUUCUCGCCUCGGUGAUUGGGUAAAAAUACCGACGACGUACGCUGGCGGCGCAAAAGAUAUUGAAGACCUUGGUCUCGUCGACCGACUUUCUGGAGGACGAGUGGACCUAACGUACGGGAGUGCUCUGGACAUUUUUGGAGGCUCACUGGUACAAUUCGAGGAGCUUGUGAAAAGAAAUUAGAACUUAUAAUUAUAUAAUAAAAUAUCAAAACAACUUUGGGAGCGUGAGAAACGACUUUACAGUUUUGAAUAAGGUUUGGUACAGAUUCCUGGCCGGCUUACAAGCACCUAGUAUUCAUCCCUUCAAGACCACCAUGCCUGGAAAAGUCAAGGCGUACGAGCUCCAGUCCAAGUCCAAGAAUGACUUGUCGAAACAACUCCUCGAGCUCAAGAAUGAGCUCCUGACACUACGGGUGCAAAAGAUUGCUGGUGGGUCGGCGUCGAAGCUGACGAAAAU